AUGAUGGAACUGAUUAUGGAAAUAAGAGAUUUUUUGAUUAGUUGUAACCUCCAGAAUUAUAUUGAAGCUCUCAAAGAAAAAGCUUCGUUCAAUACUGCGAGAGCAGAAAUCAAUUGGGACUUGGUGCAGGAUUCUUCGGCGAACCGAAGCAUAAAAUGGAAGUUCAUUCUACCGUCUGCUCCUCACUUUGGCGGCUUAUGGGAAGCUCACAUUAAAUCAGCAAAAUCUUUUAUCAAGAAGGUAAUUGGGACACAAAACCUUACUUAUGAAGUGUUCUCUACCUUGACUGUGGAGAUUGAAGCAUGCAUGAAUUCUCGGCCUUUACUUCCACUCAUUGGCGAUCUGGACGAUGUCAACAUCUUAACUCCAGGCCAUGUUCUCAUCGGUAGGACCUUAGAACAGAUUCCGAAACCAUCAAAUGCGGAUGCAGAUCUGAAAUACGUUACUCAUUGCCGCUUUGCCCAAGCAAUGCGUAAUCGGUUUUGGAAACGCUGGUCUCAGGAAUACCUGCAUAUGCUUCAACAGCGAAAUAAGUGGACUAUCCCGAAGCGUAAUUAUAAAAUUGGAGACAUUGUGCUGAUUGUAGAUCCCUCGCUGAUUAAACAUGGGACAUGGCCUUUGGGACGAAUAACUGACGUUUUUUUGCACAGGACGGCCUUGUGCAUUCUGCUUCCGUAA